AAUUGUGAUGAUGGAAAUUCCGACUUCUAUAACCAAAGAAUCAGUAGAAUGAAUAGUAAUCGUUCAGCAGAUGAGAAUGUCGUACCCGAUUUUCAAACCAAACCAAACCGUCGGAAGAAAAGUCCAGAAACUGAGUCGAGCGCAAGGGGAACAAAUUCAGUCGAGCAGGCUGCUAAUUCUGGCACAAAGGGAACCAAGCCCGAGAAGAAAAAAGUGGAGGUUAAGGACGAGCUAAGCAAACUUCUCGACUCCAAAAAGCUCGACAUUUCCGAGUUGGAUUACAUUUUCGCGGAUUUUAAAAUAACGUUGGACCCAUUCGUCCAAAAAAUUGCGAGGACAUGGCCAAAGCAGGGGAAUCCUUUAAGAAAGCUGUUACCACGCUGGAACAAAUUAGUCCGCAUGCGCAGUUCAGUCAAUAUGUGCACGCCCUGA